GUUGCUAGGUAACCACAUCUCCCAUCACUGCCCCAGCACAUCGUCCUGAGCCGCCCAUCCUGUCUCCAGCCUCCUUCUGUGGAGUCGCAAACACCAUCAUCUGUGGGACCCUGAAGGCCAAAGGGAGAAACAAGAGCACAGCCACCACCCCUGAGCCACCUGUGGCUCUGCUACCCACAAUUUCACUGUGAAGAGUCAGCUGCCUGGGCCGUGAGGUCACUGCCACCAUGAGUCUGGGCAUCAUGGAAGAGGAAGACCUGGCCGAGUACUUCCGGCUGCAGUAUGGGGAGCGGCUGCUGCAGAUGCUCCAGAAACUCCCCAAUGUUGAGGGGGCGUCGGAGUCCCCAUCCAUCCGGCUACUGGAGAAGAAAAAGGAGAUGAAAAUGAUGCAUCAAACUAUGAUGCAGAAGAAGAAGAUGUUUCAGCGCAGAAUGGAAACCCUGAACCUGCGCUGGGAAGAACUGGGCGUUAAGGAAGCCCAGCUGAAGGCUCACAUCCAGAAGUUUGAGCAGUUCAUCCAGGAGAACGACCAGAAACGGAUCCGCGCCAUGAAGAAAGCCAACAAGGAGCGAGAGCUAAAGCGCCAGCACAUGCAGGAGCUGACCAAGGGCAAGCAGGAGGUGGCGGCGCUGCGGCUGGAGCACCAGCGGCUGAGCGCCAAGCUGAAGGACUACUCCAUCUUCAGCAAAUACCUAGAGAAGGUGGUGGAGAACUCCGAGUUCGAGGAGAUCCAUGAGGUGAUUGCGCGCUACAAGACGCUGGUGAGCAUGCACCACGACCUCAUGCAGUCUGCACAGGAGGGCCAGGAGAAGAUUGAGCGCGCCAAGGCCCGGCUGGCGCGCUACAUGGAGGAAAAGGAUGAUGAGAUCCUGCAGCAAAACAAUGAGCUGGCAAGGCUGCAGAUGCGCUUCGACCGUGCCCGCAGCAAUGUCAUCAUCUGGGAAUCUCGCUGGGCACACAUCCAGAACACCGCAGCCAAGAAGACCCUUCUGCUGGGCACCAUUAAGAUGGCCACGCUGAACCUCUUCCAGAUCGUGAGCAAGCAGCUGAAGGAGGUGACCGAGGUGGCACUGGAGGACACCCACAAGCAGCUGGACAUGAUCCAGCAAUUUAUCCAAGACCUAUCGGACAUCUGGGCAGAGGUGAAAAAGAAGGAACAACAGCAAGUCCGGAUUUAAGGAGGCUGCCUUGUUCCAGAACGUCCUGAGACAGAGGUCAUAAAAGAAGAAGUCGUGAGCCUGCGGUCCAGUCAGUCUAGCUCGGGACUGAUGCCCGCUGUGCCUUCCUGCUGAGGGACACCUGCUUAUUUUCCCACUUGGGCCUCAUUCUAUCCCUGAAAACAGUGAAUGUUCUAAGAAGUUUGUUCUCAAGUUC